CCUAGGUAGCCUGAACCAGUGUCGAAUCACGAACCACGAAUUGCGGUGGUGUAUGUGUACUGGCGUACACUAACAUCUAAUAAUACGCCUAUUGAGGUUCAAGGCGACAUCAGAGAGACAUCAUGGAACGACCAAGUAAACGAGCUCGCGUCGAUAAUGACGAGACCGUGCCCGAGCCGAGUCGUGGUUCCCUGCCUCUUUCUCUGACACGUCCCAUCAGUCCUGUGGGCAAGAGGGCCCAGCUCACGGAGACAGCAGAAGCGCCCGUGGCCUCUACAGGACCGAAGCUGGUCGAGUCGCCUUUUCAACUGACUGCGAUUCGGGAUCUUCCGCCGUCGUUGAAUGUGGAUGCUGUUACCUUGACGGACAUUCUUGGGGACCCUCUCAUCUCGGAGUGCUGGGAGUUCAAUUACCUUCACGACAUUGACUUCUUGAUGAAUGCUUUUGACGAGGACGUCAGAAGUCUUGUCAAAGUUCAUGUCAUCCAUGGAUUCUGGAAGCAGGAUGACCCAAGCCGUCAGCAGUUGCAGCUUCAAGCCGCUCAGUACAAGAAUGUCUCUCUCCACAAUGCCUUCCUGCCCGAGAUGUUCGGGACUCAUCAUUCUAAGAUGAUGAUUCUCCUGCGCCACGAUGACACUGCCCAGAUCAUCAUUCAUACUGCAAAUAUGAUCUCGCGAGAUUGGGCAAACAUGACGCAAGCUGUAUGGCGUUCCCCCCUUUUGCCCCUAUAUCAGGAGCGUCGGCUCGAGGGUGGUCGUAUGUGGGAGAUUGCAAUCGGCGAAAAAUUCAAGGUCGAUCUCACGAAUUAUCUCGAAGCUUAUGAUUGCCGAUGGACUGUAUGCAGGCCGAUUAUCGAUGCGUUGUCCAGGCACGAUUUCUCAUCCAUCAAGGCGAGACUGAUAGCAAGCGUGCCCGGAAGGCACAAGACCCAGGAGUCAGCCACCUCGUGGGGAUGGGAUGCGAUAAAGUACGCUCUACGAUCGGUCCCCGUUCAAGAGGGGAAAUCCGAGAUCGUAGUACAGGUCUCGUCUAUUGCUACUCUAGGCCCAACCGACAACUGGUUGCGAAACACUCUGUUCAGUGCCCUUGAGUCCCACCAAGGCCCAGCUGGUCAGAAGCCGGAUUUCAAGAUUGUUUUCCCGACCCCUGACGAAAUCCGGCGCUCGUUGGAUGGAUAUCAGUCUGGCGGAUCAAUCCACACAAAGAUCCAGUCAUCCCAGCAGGCGAAGCAGCUCCAGUAUCUCAAGCCUAUGUUUUGUCAUUGGGCCAACGAUGCCCGGGACGGCUCAAAGAUCCCAGACGAUGUGGCCAUACUAGACGCGGGUCGAAACCGAGGAGCCCCUCACAUUAAGACCUAUAUUCGUUAUGGGGAUAAGUCCAUUGACUGGGCUCUCCUAACGUCGGCGAAUCUCUCGAAGCAGGCCUGGGGUGAAGCAACAAACAAAUCUGGCGAGAUGCGGGUAUGCUCGUACGAGAUCGGGGUCUUGGUCUGGCCUUCACUUUACGCGCAAGAUGCGAAGAUGGUGCCCACCGUUCUGGCGGACAAGCCGGCUGCGGACAGUAUUGAAGGAGCUCAGACUGUGAUUGGGGUUCGGAUGCCCUACAAUCUGCCUCUGCAACCAUAUGGGAAAGACGAGAUACCCUGGGUCGCUACCGCAAGCUACGAGGAGCCGGACUGGAAGGGCCGCACGUGGGAAAGUGGAUGAAUAUGAGUGAUGGGCAACACAAGGGAUUGGAGGGGAUGGGAGUGGAUCGCAGGGGAUCGCAGAGGAUCACAGGGCCACGGCAUGAUGGGGGAUUUGCGUUGCUGUGCCGUGCUGCCAAUAGUUGUGGGAAUGACCAACCACGAGUGCUCAUGUAGACUCAAUCCGCGCGACGUUUGUCACUGCGGCAUCUCUCCUAGUCGCUUCC